UAAUGUUUAGCUUAGGUUUCAUAUUAACUGACAUUAUGACAAGAGAGAAAUUUUCCAACAGUUAUGGUAUCAUUGUGUACGAAGUGCUGACAAGAAUACAAGCAUACUCUGAUUCUCCAGCUGGUAGAAAUAAUAUUGUAGCAGCCAUUGGCAAUGGUACGAGGCCCAACCAUAGAAAUUUGGAUGAGGUGGAUAAGCAAUUAAAACAACAUCAAAAACAAGAUCAUGAAAUUUUCCUCAAGUUACAAUCUCUUAUGAAGGAAUGCUGGCAGCAAGAACCAACCAAACGACCCAAAGCUACAGAAAUCCUGGAAACCACCACCCAACAAAUGGAUGAGUUACCUGCCAUGGAAGGUUUAGAUAUGGAAGACCUCACCCAUGAGUUAACUGUCAUAGAUGGUUCAGAGAUAAAAAGACAUGUAAGAAAUGAGAUGUGCAACAAUAGACAUAUUAAGGAACGGUGUUGGAUAAACGUGAGAUAUUCUUGUCAUUACUUAGGAUCAACAUGCAUGAUUAUGGGUGGUUAUAAGCAGAGAAAAUUGUUGAAACUUAUGACGUCAACAAGAAAAGUUUCAAACCAAGAAAGUCAACCUUGUAUGAAAGGUCUGGUUCAGCCAGUGUGAAGAUAAACAACCAUGUUUAUACGGCUGGUGGUGUUCGAUCCAACUUUGUCGAAUGUUUGAAUUUAAACCAAGUUGAUGGUGAUUGGUACGAGGUGGCAUCUAUGAAGAAUCAACGAUGGCGUGCAGCAUCUGCUGUGUUGAAUGAUCAAAUGUGUGUAGCAGGAGGAAUGGAUGAUGAUAAUAAUGUAUUAUCAUCAGUUGAAUUAUACAAUCCAGUGGUGAAUACAUGGACAAACAUUGCUCCAAUGCAAACUGAACGAUGGCAACAUGCUCUUGUUUCUUAUAAGGGCCGCUUGUUCGCAUUUGGUGGAUGUUAUAAAGUUAUUGGUAAUCAUAUUGGUUUAGAUUCAAUAGAAAGUUUUG